CCCAAAUGUCACAAGCGGAAACGUAGAUACGGCCGCGAAAAUCCCACAAGGUUUCAAGUAUUAUUUUAUUUGUUCGUGAUAGAGCAGUGACCAUGAAAGCGCAUCACGCUAUUACUCGACUAUGAUCGUUGUCGUGACUAUCGGUAAGCUUAUGACGUAGUAUCAAUGACUUAAAGUUAGUAGAUAAUUAGCAAUCACCGCGCGAUGUCGAGCCGCGGGCAGGACGAGGCUGAGAGCGAGUCCAAGCUCCUGAAGCGCGCGCUGAGCGCAGCCUUCUAUGCGUUCACCUCCUUCAUGAUCACCGUCGUCAACAAAACGGUGCUAACUACGUACGCUUUCCCGUCGUACCUGGUGCUGGGGCUCGGGCAGAUGAUAGCGACUUUAGUGGUGCUGUGGGUCGGGCGGCGGAUCAGAGUGGUGCAGUUCCCGUCGCUGGACAUGAACGUGGCGCGCCGGAUCUGGCCGCUGCCGAUCAUCUACCUCGGCAACAUGGUUACGGGCCUCGGAGGGACGAAGGAACUGAGUUUGCCAAUGCUUACUGCGCUGCGACGUUUCAGUAUUCUCAUGACCAUGAUUUUAGAGAGGAUCAUAUUAAGUGUGAGAGCCACAUGGCAAGUGCAAGGAAGUGUCAUGGCAAUGGUCGGAGGUGCACUGCUGGCUGCAGCUGACGAUGUCACAUUCUCCUGGCAAGGGUACACGCUUGUCCUACUCAAUGACGGUUUCACUGCAGCUAAUGGUGUUAUCAGUAAGAAGAAACUGGACUCCAAGGAGCUUGGGAAAUACGGGCUGAUGUUCUACAAUGCACUGUUUAUGAUCGUGCCGGCUGCUUAUGUGGCCUGGCAUGUGGGAGACAUAGAAGCAUCAAUAAAUUAUGAGCAUUGGGGUGACACGCUGUUCCUAAUUCAGUUCCUAACGUCGUGUGUCAUGGGGUUUGUACUCUCAUACAGUGUCAUGCUCUGUACGCAAUACAACAGUGCCUUAACAACAACAAUCAUUGGUUGCCUUAAGAACAUUUUGGUUACUUACCUCGGUAUGGUAAUCGGUGGGGACUAUGUGUUCUCAUGGCUUAACUUUGUAGGUUUAAAUAUAAGUGUGUUGGCGAGUCUUGUAUACACAUAUGUUACGUUCAAACGUAAACCUCAGGCUGUGUACAGCAAGAUUGCAGAAGCAAAUGCCCGUGUGGAUACCGUAUAGCAGUAUCUGAAACAUAGGACCCAGUGCUCUACGUUCCUAGUAUAGUAUUGAGUUACCAAAGAACAGUGGAUUUUGUGAAAUCUCAUGUUUAACUGUUGAUCAAAAGUGAACAAGUAUAGUGCUAUUUAUAGUUAAAUGCUAGUGUAUCGGAGAAAAACUCCAGUAUUCACCGUGGAAUGUUUUACUGCUCUUUCUUUACAAUCUUAAUACAUUUAAACCAAGUUAUCACUGAUAUCACUUUAUCUGCUAAACAUGGCUGUUUAAAUAUUUUUUUAAUAUUUGAAUUAGAUUACAAUAAUAAUUAAUGUUUAUUCCAAUUAUAUUCAGUAUAGUUAUUGUUGUUUAACUAAUUUAUUGCAUUUAUUAUUGAAACAUUUCAAUGUAAUUGCAAAAUUGUACUACAAUUUUAUUGUAAUCCAUACUAAUAUUAUAAAUGGGAAAAUGUGUGUGUCUGUUUGUUUGUCCGUCUUUCACGGAAAAACGGAGCUAUGGAUUGACGUGAUUUUUUAAGUGGAGAUAGUUGAAGGGAUGGAGAGUGACAUAGGCUACUUUUUGUCUCUUUCGAACGCGAGCGAAGCCGCGGGUAAAAGCUAGUAACUAUAUAUUCUUAACCUUAUAUGUGUUAAAGUUAGCGCCAUUUAACCAAGCCUCAACCAAUGACAUGUGGCACCAUUGUAACAAUUUUUUAACUUUUUUCGUGACUCUAUUUUUUAGGGAGUUAAAUAGUAUUUGAUAUGAGUUAUCAAAAACAUUUUAAUAACUUAGUUAUGUUUUUAUACAGGAUGUUUAAUCAGGAAACAAUUUACCAACCCUGAAAAAAAAUUAUAUUUGGCUUUCUGAUCAACAUUUUCUAUAAUAGGAGUGUAAUUUAGAAAGCGUCAAAUUUCAGGCGGCUGCGCAAAACGAAGUUACUACUUUCCGGCGCCGUUGAACAGAAAAAUAGUAUACAUAGUCUUGUAAAUAAGAAAGCCUCAAAUCUCACGUUUGUUGUCCUCGGCCGACAAUUACAUGUGAUCCUAGACAUUUCCUAUGCUACUUCGGGGUUGGUACCAUUCCCAUUGUAAAAUAACCUAUAUUUUCACCACAUUAUGGCUGACCAGAGACUGUUCAAAUAUUUCUGAAUACUCUGCCUGCUUAUUUGAAGAGCUGGUAGCCUAGCGGUAAGUACGUGCUACUUUCGUUCCCCAAAACUAUAUCGAACCCGAAAUGUCAUUUGAUAUUUGCCAGUCGCUUUUCGGUGAAGGAAAACAUCGUGAGGAAACCGGACUAAUUCGAAUAAGGUCUAGUUUACCUUUCGGGUUGGAAGGUCAGAUGGCAGUCGCUUUCGUAAAAACUAGUCCUACGCCAAAUCUUGGGAUUAGUUGUCAAAGCGGACCCCAGGCUCCCAUGAGCCAUGGCAAAUGCCGGGAUAACGCAAGGAGGAUGAUGACUCUGCCCGCUUAUUUAUAUAUCUGUUCAGGUGAUCAUGGUUCAUAAAUUCAUAAUUACCCAAUGUUUAACAAAUUUGUACUGAAAUGCACUGAAACAUUCCACAUUUAUUUAUUUUACGACUACAACCAUAAAAUACUGCAUUUCGAUAUCGUUUAAAACAUUUAUGCAUUAGUUACGAGUUAGUAAUGGAUAAUGAUAAGGAAACGCUGUAAUUGCGAUUAAAAAAUUAUGUACCAAUAAUUAUUAAUUUUAUGUGCCUGGUUA